AUGGGGUCCCUCGCCCGCUCGGAAGAGAUGCGUUUCUGUCAGCUGAUCGUAGAGAAGGAAGCUGCUUUUAACUGUGUGGCAGAGCUUGGAAAGGCGCCAUAUGUACAAUUUAAAGAUCUGAAUCCCGAUGUCAAUCCCUUUCAAAGGACAUUUGUUCGAGAUAUUCGAAGAUACGAUGAGAUGGAAAGGAAGCUAAGAUUUCUUGAGUCACAGAUUACCAAGGAUCACAUCAUCAUCGCUGGACGACUUGAUAAUAAAGAUUACAGUGUUAUGCCGACUGCUGAGCUGAAUCAGCUGGAAACCACACUCACUGACUUGGAAAGAGACGUGAAAAAUAUGAACGAAUCAGAUGCUCAGUUGAAGAAGAACUACAUGGAUUUGAAGGAAUGGGAUGCGGUUCUCGACAAGACAGACGAAUUCUUCCAAGAGGGGAUGGAGGACCAGGCUGCUGAAGAGUUGGAGACCCAGGAAGAAGAAUAUGGCAAAGGAGAGAAAACUCCAAUAAGCUACCUUGUUGGUGUGAUUCAAAGAGGAAGAAUACCAGCGUUCGAGCGGGUGCUGUGGCGAGCUUGCCAUCAUAUGGCUUACCUCAGAAGUUCCGCUAUUGAAGAAGAACUAGAAGACGAGACCAAUGAGAAGGUGCAAAAAUCGGUAUUCAUCGUGUUUUACAAAGGAGACCGUAUGCGUAGUAUUGCUGAGAAAGUAUGCGACGGUUUCAAGGCGAAACUCAUGAAGAACUGUCCAAAAACCUUUAAAGAGCGUCAAUCUGCUCGAUCGGAUGUGCGAGCACGCCUUUCCGAUCUGAACACUGUACUCGGACAAACAAAAGAGCACCGUUAUCGUGUGCUGCAAGCGGCUGCCAACAAUCACAACAAUUGGCUAAGACAGGUGCGCAUGCAGAAAACAGUAUACCAUCAUCUGAACCUCUUCACAUUCGACGGCAUCGGAAGAUUUUUCGUUGCCGAAUGUUGGGUGCCACUUGUUCAUAUGGAUGAAGUGAAGGCAGCUCUCACUAGAGGAGCGGAAGCCUCGGGAUCUGCUGUACAGCCGGUGUUGAACGUCCUUGAGACACCGGAAGAACCGCCGACGUACAAUAGAACAAAUAAAUUUACUGCUGUUUUUCAAGGAAUUGUCGACUCCUACGGGAUCGCUAGUUAUCGCGAGUUGAACCCCGCUCCGUUCACUAUAAUCUCCUUCCCGUUCAUAUUCGCCUGUAUGUUUGGUGAUCUUGGACAUGGAAUUCUUAUGUUCUUAGCCGGACUCUACCUCGUUGUCCGCGAAAAGAAUCUGAUUGACCGUAACAUUAAAGACGAGAUUUUCGGCAUGUUCUUCGGUGGUCGCUACAUCAUCCUUCUUAUGGGUAUUUUCUCGAUCCAUGCAGGACUUCUCUAUAACGAUCUGUUUGCAAAGUCGUUCAACAUCUUUGGCACUUCAUGGCUGAAUCCCUACAGCCGUGAUGAGCUUAUGACGUGGAUCAAUCAGUCCGAAGUUGCCCAUAAGGAAAUGCUACUCGAGAUUAAUCCCGGCUACAGCUACCAACACGCGGAAGGCCCUUAUCUUUAUGGGAUGGAUCCGAUCUGGAAUAUUGCUGGGAACAAGUUGAACUUCCUCAACUCAUUGAAGAUGAAACUUUCGGUGAUUGCUGGAAUCGCGCAGAUGACUUUCGGAGUCGUUCUGAGCUUCUACAAUUAUAGAUUCUUCAAAUCCAAGAUUGAUAUCUACACAGUGUUCAUCCCUCAGAUGCUAUUCAUGACAUGCAUCUUCAUCUACCUCUGCCUCCAGAUUAUAUUGAAAUGGGUUUUCUUCUGGGUGAGACCUGAGGUUAUAUUCGGUCAACUUUAUCCAGGUUCCCAUUGCGCUCCUUCGCUUUUGAUUGGCCUCAUCAACAUGUUCAUGUUCAAAGAUCGUGAAGCAGGGUUCGUUCAGUUGGACAAGCCAAUAAAUGGUAGCCCUGGCCAGUAUGUCGAACAGGAUGCGUGUUACCUCUCGCAAUGGUAUCCUGGACAGAGCACAGUGGAAGGUAUUCUUGUGGUGAUCGCUGUUAUUUGCGUGCCUAUCAUGCUUUUUGGAAAGCCGAUCCAUUUUAUCAUGGAGCAGAAGAAGAAAAGAAAGGCAAUGGGCAGCAACAUCUCUGUUCGCGCUAACGUUGCGUCGGACGACUCUGAAAUUAUUAUCAACGGUGGCAGUAAGAAGGAAGAGGCUGAACAUUCUGCUGGUGGAGGACAUGAUCACGAUGAGGCUUUUGGUGAUGUGAUGGUUCAUCAAGCAAUCCAUACUAUUGAAUACGUUCUUGGAUGUGUUUCGCACACCGCCUCCUACCUCCGUCUAUGGGCCCUGUCGCUCGCACAUGCUCAACUUUCGGAGGUACUCUGGGAAAUGGUGCUGCAUAACUCCUUCACACUGGACGGCGUCGCCGGUUAUAUCGCUCUCUACGUCAUUUUCUUCGCCUUUGGAGUUCUAACUUUCUCAAUCCUAGUGCUUAUGGAAGGACUUUCUGCAUUCCUUCACGCUCUUCGUCUUCACUGGGUGGAAUUCCAAUCGAAGUUCUACUUGGGUCUAGGCUACGAAUUUGUACCGUACUCGUUCAAACAAGCUCUCCAGGAAAUUUCAAACUAG